AUGGUUGAAAACACUACUACAUCAACAGUUAAAUCUGAUAAGAAGGAAAUAAUAGAUAACAUUCUCAAGUUAGCUCAUCAAGAACAAAAAAGAGGUAAUAAAUCCAUUACACAGGAGAAAUUAAACAAUCUAUCAAAUUUCGUUUCUACGUACCAACUGAAACAAGAGGAUCAAAGUAAAGGAAAUUACGACAAAUACAAGAAAGAAUACCCAGCACCAAUUGUGAAGCCACCAUACUCGCCAUUAUUUAGUAAGUUUAGUGUGAAAUCCCCAAAAGCAGUCAUAAAAACGAAUCCCAACCGUAAAUUACCUUUUCAGUAUACUUUUAAAAACAUUGAAAAAGUAUUAAUCGAAAUCCUUGAAACUCUAGCUAAUAUCCUUGAUAAUUUACAUUUGUUCUCGAGGUUUCCGAUGUUUCCUGCUAGGCUAGUUGAUUUACUAAAACAAACAAACAAGUUAUGGGUAGUGAUAUUAAUUUUCUUAAUUAGAAAAUCUAUAUCACAGUUAUUAAAUGUCAUUAGAAAAGAAAGAAAGGUAAAUAUCGAGUUAUCAAUCUUGAAUCUGAAUAAGAAUUCUAAGUUGUUAAUAAAUAAAGAUGAUAACAAUGGUGAUAACAAUAUAUUUAGGAGAUACGAAAAAGUGUUAAAAGACUUACAAUUUGAUAAGAUGAUGUUAGUGUUGGAAUUAAUUGGUAAUUUCUUAGAUAUGGGUUUUAAUCUAAUCGAAUUAUAUGGCAUACCUGUGCCUGAAUGGUUUAUGAGUUUAUUGAAUGCAGCAAGCAUGGGUAUGACGAUAUACAGAAUGAAUAAAGACGAUGAAUAUAUUGAUGAUGAUAUAACUGAAGAUUUAAUAUAA